AGGGAGGUGAUUUCAUACGGACGGAAUAAUGGUCCUUCGAAGAUUUCUUGUGAUUGGGAUAGCGAUGUUGGGCGCGCUACUUCGAAGCGCGGAAUCAAGGGGCAAUCAAUCUGCCGCGAACGACUGCGAAGCCAACCCAGACAAAGAGCUAAUCUGGAUAUACGAGAAAGGUCCAGCAGUCCGCCAUGCAGUAGCUCAGAGUCUGCAGACCAAUGUGAAAUCGCAGUAUGCGUGCCAGAAGCUCUGCAUCAAAAAGGGGAGGAUGUGUAGCCUCUACGAGUACUACGGCGCAUCGCGUACCUGUCGCCUGUGCAGGAACAGGAUUCAGGCGUUGUCCGGGACUCAGGCGGUGUCCUCGGAGUUUGUCAGAGGUGAAUGGAAGUGUAUUCACCAUCCUUCCAGGGAAUUUUGCAGAUUAGUUGAAAGCAAACCGAACCAGAAUAGAUCUACACCAAUCUUGGUGAUUCAGUCGGAGAAAGUAGUGCCGUCAUCCCUUGCCCAGUGCAAAGUCCGGUGUGCCUCCAAAGCCUGCAAAGCCAUGAUAUUUAAAGAUAAUUCUUGCUACCUUGCCGAUCCUCAGAUGUCAAACCUAAAGUGCGGCGGGGAAGGGUGUUCGUUGCUUGUAAACCACUGCUACCGAACUAACUGGAUUGAAGAAGAGAUCACGCACCGUGUUUCAUUUGACGGACAGCCAAGUGGGGAAAUCAGCGACCGAAACAUCACUGGUUCUCUGAUGACAACCACGGGAAGGAAGACAUCUGGGCCCACCCAAGGUGUUGUGGGAGCUGGGUUCCACUUGGCGAAGAGCGACCAUAUUCAACUUGUGGACAACACGAACUCGAGCUGUUUUGGCACACUUGCUAGCUGUACUGAAGGACUGACUCUGUCACUGUGGUACAGAACCAAAUCGUCUGGUGCACACAACAGGGACCCCCGGAGAGGCGAAUCAGUUUGCCUGUUCAGGUCAAGUUAUUUAAGUGUAAAGGUUUUCAAUUAUAGGUAUCGCCAUACUCCAACACGGUAUUCGAUAUCUUAUGGCAAGGCUUCACUAAAUGCAUCCUCGGUUAUGAGGUGCCUAUCGUCGAACAGACACCUCAGACAAACUAAUAAUCAUACGCAAAAAAACACAUGGGGUUUUCUGGCAUUGCGCAUCAACACCAAAACCAGGUCCCAUCAUGUGGUCAGGCUUUCCAGAAAUGGACGAGAUCUUAAGCUUUUUUGCCGCUCAUAUCCAAAGGCAAGUCUUAUCAAAUAUGGUAUCUUUUCCCCGUUUGAGAGCAAAGGCAUGGCUUCCAUUGGGAACAAACCAUCUACAAACCACCAAAGAAAAAAAAUACGCAGGUUUCGUUGGAAACCAACGCCUAUUGCUGUUGAUGUGGAUGAGUAUCAGUUCUGGAGCAAGCAUCUUCCGGACAGUAGCAUUAGCAAGCUCUAUACGCUCAGGAAGGUUAAAGCUUAAUGACUUAUAUAUAUACUGACCAACUUGUUCAUUUCUGAGAAGACGCUGAGGACCACCUUCUGUUGGCGUAGGAUCGAAUCAGAUUGUUGGUAAUGCAUUUUGCUCGUUUCACCACAAAACAUACCAUGAAGUGUCAGGAAUAUAAAAUUAAUUAAAACUGAACAUGAAAAGAAAACACAUCGAAACAAUUUAUGAUUAUGUCUUGUUAAAUAUUAUAGCUUGCUGCUGAAAAUAAAAGAAACUUAAAGAGAAAUGAUGCAAUAAAAUGUCAUUUGAUUAGAUUUUAUUCUUUGAUCAUGUACAAGAGUUUACAAAGAUACAGGAUGAUACACAUUUCAAACUCUCACAGAGACCAAACAGACAACAAUGGUCAUGUUCACAUUGACCAAAAUCCUUUCAACCAUUAGAAGCCUUCCUUAAGUGUGACA